AUGGCAUUUGUAUUUUAAGCUGAAAGAGAUAUCAAUAAUGCAUCUGGAUCUCUGCCAUCCAACAUAGGUCCUGGAAGUUAUAUUGAACAUAGAAAAUAUGAACCUCGACCUCACGCUGCUCCAUUCAAUACCCAAGUUUCAAGAAGCAAACCAUUAAAAAAAAGUAAUUCUCCUGGUCCUGGCAGCUAUAACGUUGAAUUUGUAACAGAAGGUUAACGAGUUGUUUUAUAAUCUGCAUAGUCUGAAGUGAAAAUUGUAGAACAAUAGAAGCAGCAAUCAGUUUUUAUGUCACAGACCAAAAGAUUUUAGGAACGAAAAGUAAUGGAAACUCCAGGUCCUGGUGCUUAUGAAACCGCAUCAUAGAAGAAAACUGUAUAAUAAGAAUACACAUCCUAAAAUUAUAUCGAGAAUCUAAUGAAACUUAAUAAAUAUUAAUCCAUACCCUCAAUCCCGGCUGCAAGUUAAGUGUAUGGUUAUACCGACAAAGGACUUGUAGCUCAUGAUCUAGAACUCAACAAAAGUCCUGUUCCCACUUAUACAGGGCUUAAAUCAGAUACUGUAGGGCCAGGAUAAUAUCAAUUAAAAGACACUUUCAAUAACAAUAAGAAUAAAGGGCCUUCUUGGUAUAAAUCCAAGGUUCCAAAAUUAGCUCCUCCUCCUAAGGAGUAAGUUGUUGGACCUGGAGCAUAUGAUCAUGAAAAUUCUAUUAUUCCACUUUAUAAAUUGAACCCUUCAGGCAAUUUUCUGUCAAAAUCUUAAAGAAUGUUCGACCAAUAAAAAGGUCAAAAAACAAGAGAAUUUAUGAGAGCUUAAUUUGAAAAUUAGAAGAAAAAACUAAUGCAGAAUCCUGUGUUUGCUGACAUUGAAAAUGAAGAUGUUGAAUUUUAUGAUAAUGCUACUCCAGGACCAGGAUUUUAUUUAGGAAAUUAAACAACAUUUUCCACUGCUUCUACAUUCUCCUAAUCAAUGGCAAAGACUUAAAGUGGCUUUGGUUCAAAAUAGAAGAGAUUUAAUGAAUAGUAAAGAUAGAUUUAGAUGGGGCCGGGUGAUUAUAGAAUAGAAACAAAUCUGAUAAAGAAUAAUAUGGCUAUGAAAAAUACUCCAUUUUUAUCCUCCAAUACAAGAUUUGAAAGUAGACCAAUUGAGAAAAAGCCAGGACCUCAGAGUUAUAAUCCUAAAAUUACUCUAGAAGAUAAAUUAAUCAAGAAAUUAGAACGAGCACCUGUUGGAAAGUUUGGAUCAAAUCAACCAAGAUUUGAUAAUCCUGAAAAUGAAUAACCUGGACCUGGAACUUAUGAACCUAAUUUUAAAGAUCCUGCAAAGAGUGCUGCUUGCGUUUUCAAAUCUUAAACCAAACGAAGUAUUAUUGGUGGUAAAGCUAAUUUACCUGCUCCUGGAUCAUAUGAUGUGAAGAAUUAUACAAUAGAAAAUUCAACUAAGAUAGAAAAAGAAGAAGAUAAGGAUCUUAUCAUCAAUAAGCCAGGUUUUGGUUCUUCCUUACAAAGAUUUUAGGAGAAACCGAAAAAAGAUAUAGAUGAGGAAAAUGAAGAAGAGGAGACCUAAUUGAAACAUAAUGCUUCUGAAUUAUUUCAAAAAAAGAAGAAAGAACAUCCACCUUUCAAUUGUUAAGAAAAAAGAUUCCAAUACAAACAAAAGAAAAAUAAUCUUCCUGGACCUGGAGAAUAUUUUGAAUAAAAAUAGAAUACCUGGGAUAAGAAAACAUUUAACAUUUUAUUUUCAGAGAUAUGAUGUUUAAUUUUAUUAAUAAGUUUU